GAACGCGGCACAGUAACCGACCCGUCUGUAUUCUUCACACGGCGUCUCUCUGCGGCCAUGGUAACACUUUGCUCAUUACCGGACCUCUGACUCAAGCAAACAACACAAACAGGUGCUUUUCAUGCAGCUAUUAUUCAGCAUGAAUUUGGCAGAGAUAUGUGACAAUGCCAAGAAGGGCCGUGAGUAUGCUUUGCUUGGAAACUAUGACUCCUCCAUUGUGUACUACCAGGGCGUCAUUCAACAGAUCCACAAGCAUUGUCAGUCCCUCAGAGAUCCCGCACUUAAAGUCAAAUGGCAACAGGUCAGGCAGGAACUCACUGAGGAGUAUGAGCAGGUGAAAGGCAUCAUGGGAACGCUCGAGAGCUUUAAGUCAGAGAAGCCAGUCGACAUCCUUGCACCUCAACCUGAUGAGAGACCUGAGGAUCCGGCAGUUUGGCCCCCUCCCAUCCCUGCCGAACACAGGAAUCCUGUUGCAGUGAAGCGUCCCAACAGCGCAGUGAAGCAGCAGAGGAAGGACUCCCCAGGUCUGCAGCAUCGAGGGGCAGGGCCAGGAGGCCGUGGUCAGGCCAGUGCGAAACCAGACAGGCCGGGAUUCAGAGACGCCCGUGGCACAAAGGCCAAAGACGAUAAGGGAAAGAAAGGGGUUGGAGACGCACCAGGGGAUGUAGAGCAGAAGAAGUUUGAUGGCACAGGAUACGACAGUGACCUGGUGGACUCACUGGAGAGAGAUAUCGUGUCCCGCAACCCUAACAUACACUGGGAUGACAUUGCUGAUCUGGAAGAUGCUAAGAAGCUGCUGAGAGAAGCAGUGGUGUUACCCAUGUGGAUGCCUGACUUUUUUAAGGGCAUUCGUCGCCCGUGGAAGGGUGUGUUAAUGGUCGGCCCCCCGGGGACAGGGAAGACCAUGUUAGCCAAAGCUGUGGCCACAGAGUGUGGGACUACUUUCUUCAAUGUGUCUUCCUCCACCCUUACCUCCAAAUACAGGGGCGAGUCUGAAAAACUUGUGCGUCUGCUGUUCGAAAUGGCCCGGUUUUAUGCACCAACAACCAUAUUCAUAGACGAGAUUGACUCCAUCUGUGGCAGGAGAGGAACAUCAGAUGAACAUGAAGCCAGCCGUAGGGUCAAAUCAGAACUUCUGGUUCAGAUGGAUGGUGUGGGGGGAGCCCUGGAGAAUGAUGACCCCUCUAAGAUGGUCAUGGUCCUCGCUGCCACCAACUUUCCCUGGGACAUUGACGAGGCGUUAAGACGACGUCUGGAGAAGCGGAUCUACAUCCCCCUGCCCACAGCUGUGGGUCGUGUAGAGCUUCUAAAGAUCAACCUGAGGGAGGUGGAGGUGGCCGAUGACGUGGACCUGGACCUCAUUGCUGAGAAGAUUGAGGGCUACUCCGGAGCAGACAUCACCAACGUCUGCAGGGAUGCAUCCAUGAUGGCAAUGCGUCGUCGAAUCCAAGGCCUGAGCCCCGAGGAGAUCCGAGCUCUGUCCAAAGACGAGCUGCAGAUGCCUGUUACCAUGGAGGAUUUCACCCUCACGCUCAAGAAGAUCUCCAAGUCGGUCUCUGCCGCCGACCUGGAAAAAUACGAAGCCUGGAUGGCCGAGUUUGGGUCAGUGUAGAGAACGGGGAGACCCAGAGGGACCAGAGCCUUGACAGGAAGACUCUUAGUUUUGAAAAUGAUGAAGAGGAGGGGAGUGUAUGUCACAGAGCUGAGUGAGCUCUAGUAUGUGAACCAGGCUGCACAUCAGGGAUCAAGAUAAUACAGAGGCUAAAGUUCACAUCAGAAGACUGGUGCCUUUGAGAGCGCAUGAUGAGAACUGUCAUCAGCUUCACUCCCGCCCUUUCACAUAUUCUCCCCCCUGACUGUCAAUCAUCCAGCUGCUGACCAACUGAAGUGACCUGAGCAAGAACAGGGUAAACUUCUCUCACAUUGGGAACUUUUAAUGUAAAAAGUAACCUAAUACACAAAGGUAGACCAGGGAAUGCACACUAGUCUUACUUAGAUAUCAGGCCUCAUGCAAGAACAUGUUAAGAUUUUUAGCCUCUUACUUUUUCUGUGAAGCUUUUUUAUAUGAAUGUUCCAAGUCAGAUUUACAGAACUCUCUCAGCUACACAAACUUACUGUAAAUUACUCUUUUCAAACUGAUGAACACCAACUGUCAACACAUAGGGGAGUGUUAAUGAGACUUGGAUGAUGAAUGCCCCUAAUAUUGCUACAAAAGAGCCCCACCUCUGCUCUAUUUGUGGGCAAAGUUUUAUUCACAAACAAAAAAACAUGGAGCUUCAAGUUCUGCUGAAAUCAGCAGAUUUAGCAGCAUAAGCGGUUAUACUAGGAGAUCUGAAACAAUUAGAAAAUGUUAAUACAACCAAGCAACAACGUGCCAUCAGUGCAGCAUCAUAUUGUGAGAGGAAUAAGGAGGGAUUUAGACAUGUUAGAUUGUCCUGUGCAACAGAGGAUGUUCACCAGGGCAGCAAUAAACAUAAAACUAUUUUUGGACAGCUGUCAGUGUGAGAAAAUCUUCUUAACAAAUACUGAGUUGUUUUGGUGUCCAUGACAAAAUAUGCCAUUACAACCUGCAAAGAAUGUUGUCAGACCUCUAAAUUGGAAAGCCAUGAUGAUGGUGAUAUGAUGAACAAAGUAUUCAUUUUUGUGUAAAGUUUAUUUUAGUUAUCUGUUUUUAGUUGGCUUCUGUGGCAUAGGUCAUGUGCAGAUUCCUUCAGAUUAAGGCGUCAUAAUUCAGAUUUCCUGUACAUGACUUGAAUGACAGGACAUGUGAAUUUCACUUGUACUUAAGAGAAAAUUCUAAGUACAAGAAAAUUGCGGCAAAGGUGACAAAUGAUCUUAAAUCACCUGAGAACGAAUCUCUUAGUUCUUGUGAUUCUUGCAUGAGGCCCAUUGUCUUACAGAACUGUAUGUUUGAGCACUUUCAAUGUAGUUUCGUGGAGGAGCCCAUGUAUUUACUACUGACUGAAGACACUUGAAGAAUGUCUGUUAUGAAGUGACUGAUUAUGUGUUUGUAUGUUUUUUUUUUUUUUUUUUUUUUUUGUGGUUUUAAUAUGUUUUCAAUUUUAGUUCUUUUGAGACCAACAAAUGUAGUCAAGCCAAAAGAACAUGGCCACGUGGAUUGUUUAUAAAAGUAUACAGUUAAUCCUUGCCUACUUAAUGGUCCCUGUAUUUUAUGAAAUCUAUUAAAUUGAUCCCUCUAAACUGA